GUCUCCCGCCUAUGUCUGCCUUUCUGUCGUCGAUAACGAACCGGCAAGUAGGAGGGACCUGGUUGUGGGCUACGUGCAAAACCGAAACAGAAGGGGACGUUAAGUACGAAAAUAUCAACAGAGCUUUAGAAAUCAGUGACAGAUGACACAGGAAGAAGUGCGAGCUGCGACAGAAUCAUUGAUGUUUAUUUUCCUAUUCUACAAUCACGGUUUCAAGUUUAAUCAUAUCGUAUUCUGUUCUUGCUGCUGAAUAAAUAUCGCAACGUCCCGGUGCAUGGUCAGAAUUGAAAAAGGUUAUUUACGGAGGAGAACACUAUUUCAAUUCCCCUUACUGUUUUUUGUCGUAAAGAAGAGAACGUGAAACCACUGCAGAUAUUGGGACUGCAGGAAGGCCCACAGAAGAGAACUGGAUCUGUACCAUAGUUUCAGACUAUCCAUGAGCUCUGAUUUCAAGCACUACAGUUUCAGGAUGCCUAACAUUGGGUUCCAGAACCUGCCCCUCAACAUCUACAUUGUUGUCUUUGGAACUGCUAUAUUCGUCUUCAUUCUCAGCCUACUCUUCUGCUGUUACCUGAUCAGGUUACGACAUCAGGCACACAAGGAACUGUAUGCAUACAAACAGGUUAUUCAAAAGGAAAAAGUAAAAGAGCUCAAUCUACAUGAGAUAUGUGCAGUUUGUUUGGAGGAGUUUAAGCAGAAAGAUGAGCUGGGAAUAUGUCCAUGUAAACAUGCCUUCCAUAGAAAGUGCCUCAUUAAGUGGCUGGAGGUGCGGAAGGUGUGUCCCCUGUGCAACAUGCCCGUUCUUCAGCUGGCACAGCAACACAGUGCCCAGGAGUCAGGACCUCCACAGCAGCCUCUGCCAGGGGUGGAGAACAUGGUGUAGCACCCUCUGCAGACACUGCCUUACUUAACAAAACAUAUAUAUAUAUAUAUAUAUAUAUAUAUAUAUAUAUAUAUAUAUAUAUAUAUAUAUAUAUAUACAUACACACACACACACACACACACACACACACAUAAAUAAGUGGUUUAUCUAUGCAGACACCCACAACUUGUGAAUCUGCUGCUUUCUCCUGACUGUCUCUUGUGGAUUUCCUUGGACAGAAGACGAUGAACAAAAAUAAAAUAUAAAUCCAGUGUCAGGGCAGGGCAUGGACAUUGUGACUCUUUUGCAACCAAAGCACUUUUUUUGGGACACCAGCGCAACAAUUAGAAUUAUUAUUAUUAUUAUUGUUAUUUUCUUUUUAUAUAGAGUUAAUAAGAAAAAUAGUGACGAUAAACGUGUUUUUUUUUUUUUUUUUAAAGGAGCACUUUAUAAGAACUCAACCCAAAAUGUUUGUGAUGGUAGUAACAAUGUCAUAUUUUUUGUAUUAUUAUUGUUGUUUGUUAUUAUUAUUGUUAUUAUUAUUUUAUUUUUACUUAGUUGAAUGUGUACAGAACCACAUUGGUUUUAUUCAAAGUAGAAGGGACAUUAAAAAAAAAGGCAAAAUGUUUCUCAAGGAUAAAGAAAAUACUAAACGAGCAAGCAAUGGGAAAUAGUAUACACUUGAAGCCUCUUUUGACAACUGCAAAAAUAGCUCUACAUGUUGCAGUCUUUGGUGGAUCCUCAGAAUUACAGUAUCAUAGAAAAAAAAUAAAAAUCUGUUCAGCUUACUGGGAAUACAACUACUUUCUGGCAAUAUUGCAAACUGAUACAGCAAUCGCAACAGAAUUUGGCUCGUAUAUGCAUUCCAUGAAAAAAUGCAUUUUAAGUGAAGAUGGAGUAAUACUAAUCCCUCUGCAAUGAAAUAUAUGAUGUAAUACCUGCAGGCUGUGGGUUGUGUUAAUAGGGGGGUUGAAUGGUUUUUCAGAACAGACAGAACUAGUGUAACGGCUCCUUUUUUUCAGGUUACUUCUACUUUUACAAGCAUGAUGUAUAGACCAUAUAUUACAAUGGGACUCUUCUAUUAUAUCCAUUAAAUGCACUGCGUACAGCAGUUCAACAUUUAUGUUAAUGUUUUGAACCACACUGAUUUGUAAGGGUGAGUUAGCACCUCAGAUACUUCUGUCACAAGGGCUCCAUUUCGGAGGCCCCUCUUUGGUUACCAUAUAUUUAUGGAACGCUCAUGUUACUUUACGCUCAUGAAAAGAGAUUGUGUUACAUCUGCCACUGCUGAUUUACUGUUUAACCACUGUGUAAAUUCUUCCUACAUUAAAAAAAUAUAUAUGGUAAUAAGUUCAGACAAUUCCCAGGAUCCAGUGCAUCAGGUGCAUAAUAUUUCCCGCUGUUAUAAUAAGAUGUGAGACAUGCAAGCAUUGUUUUUAAAACAAAAAAAUGCAGUAUUGCAUAUCUUACACUGACAUUCUCCGUCCUUUCGUAUUGAACGCUGUGUUGAUAUGCAUAGGAGUCGCUGCAUUCAGAGACCAGGCUUUUAAAUGUCCCUUUACCUGCUCUUGUAAACUUUAAAAGGGCUGCAUGUACACUACUCUUAGAAACGCACAAUAUCACGUCACAUUAACAGUGUUGCUGUCUAACUUGUAAAAGUGAAUAACCGUCAAGCUGCGGAAAUUGGAUAGCAGGGAUUUAAGCUCAAUACCUACACACAUUCUUGGCAACUUGUGCAUAGCACUCUGUAGUCUAUUUCUUGGCAGUUCACAGCAAUUGACCCCCAUAAUCUAUCACAGAAAGCUCAUGGCUCAGCUCAUGAGACUCUCAGGCCAUGUACUCUACCACCUAAAAAAAAAAAAAAGUUUGAAAUGAGUAUUUAACAGCGCCUUCACUAUUUCUAUUUUGGUUACUGUAUUUGGUUUAAUUUUUUUUAUCAGCAACGUAGUUCUGUUUAACAGAGCUACAGUCCAGAACUUUACUUUUAAAGGGCUAACAGACAUCUUUGUAAAAGUGCAAUUUGCAAUAUUUGCCAGAAGGGGCUUUUAACCAGUGAAUGGGGGCUUCUACCACUCAUUCUAGCAUGUGGCUUUGACUACUCUGCAUAUUGGGCUCACUUGCUCAUAUGAAAGUGCUGUGCAGUCUGCUUUGGAACAACUGAGGGGGAUCAUGGCAAUCCAGCCUACCUUUUUGUGGCUUAUCAGAGGGAUACAAUACCCAAAUCUUGCAAUGCCUUACUGGAUCAGCCCAGAAUAACACUUAUGGUUCUAUUAUGAGCCAAAGCUGUCCAAAUAAUAAAGAAUGGGCCUAUCAGAUAUAUACAGUAUAUGUCCUGGUCCUUAGUCUCUCACUAGUAUGGACAAUUCUGCUUUCUACCCAAAUUAUGGCACACAGCAUACAACACUGACUUCAACGUGAUUUAAAUAGCAUUACAUUCUCCAUUUUGUAUUUUUAUUCAUCCUUUUGAAGAACUUACAGUACCAUUAGUCAGGUAAGGGAUGAAUCAGCCUUAAUAAUUUGAAAGCCUGGUCUGUUUAUUAAAGGUAGAUUCAAUGUCUUUUAAUCUUUUUUCCCCCAAUCUAAAGGGGAAUCUGAGGUAGGUGUCUUUUUGUGCCAUGGUCCUUUCGAGUGCUGAAUAUAUCUACUGUACACCCCCUACAUCUGCUCUGGAAAUGUGAAUUAAGUUAACAAUGGUUGGCUUCCAAAGAUUGUACAGGGGAUCAUUGUGGUGUGUUCAUGGUGCACCCCUUUUUCGUGCUGUGUUAUCUUGUUUGGAACUUGGGAAGUGAUUUAAACAUCCUCAUUCAGCUGUGAUCUUAAAAAGGCCAACUUGGCUAUAUUGCAUCGGCUUAAUGAAGGUUCCAUGUGAACAUUAAUCCUGAUGCAAUUUUCAAUCAUCUUAAUUUAUGGGAUCCAAGUUUGUAUUGAAUCGGUGUCCGGUUGGGCACAGUCAAGGUUUUUUGGCGAUUGCAAUUAGUUGUCUUACCAUGAUGUUUAACGUAUGGGUUGUUUUUUUGUGUACAAGAAAAGAAAAAAAAAAGAUACACAAUUGUGGUUGUUACAGCACCUGUUGUUAAAUUGUAUUCAAAUUAGGUGUGGCCCUUGUUGCCAGUCAUGUCUUCAUUACUAUCUAGUUUACUAUUAUUGUAACCCCCUACCCGCUACACAUCCCUUCUCCCCAAUCAAAGAGCUUUUUAUUGGAGAGUUUUACAAUCUGUAAAAUUGUGCAGGGUCUAGAUCCACUUUACGAUUAAGACUAACACAUCUUCCUUAAUCUAACCAAACAUGGAAUUAUAGUUGCAUUACCUGCUUUAGAUGUUUAAGAGAGCUGUCAGAAUCAUAAUUCAGCUGUUUUUGUUAAAAUUGUUCAAAUAUUUAAUAUCUUGGAUGACAUGGCUGGGAAUGGAUAGGCUUGUUCUGUACAAGUGACAGAUUAUUGUAAAAAAACAAACCAAAAAAAAAAAAAACCUGGAUACUAACUUAGACCUAAAGAAAUCACUUUUAUAUUAGGGUGCUCCUUAAUAUUCAGCACUUCUUACAGCGAAGCAUCGCUGAUGUAAAUGCCACAGGGACUAACACCAGCAUACAUAUAUGUUGCAUUUAAUCCUUUGUAAAUUUCUUGAGGCAGGCACUGUUAAAUAGCAAAAGCUGUUUUUCUGACGUAAAUACAAAAAAAUGGGGUUUCACUCCCGACUGCCUUACUUUAUUUGAUUUUACACAAGGUACUCCGUCAGCUCUGGGUCCUCAUAGGAUGGGUAUCUUGAAUGCCUGUGCUGCUGUUCAAACCCCACACCAGCUCCUGCAGCAUGCUAAUUAUAACAUCAGGGCUGUAGCCCAUUUUAAAAUGUACAUAAGACUUUUAGGACCAAGAAGGACUUGAAAACUGUACAGACCUGGUUAGGAGUCUAAGGUAUGUUUACUACUGUGCUGAGUAAACACACUUGGUCUCCAACUCUCAGAAAUGUUUGUAGUUUUUUUUUUUUUUUUUUUUUUUACAGAUAAUCUGGUUAUUUAACGCAUUUAGUGCAAACAGUGAUCAAAGUUUAGGAAGACAUGUGGUUCAAAAUAUCAUCCUGCAGAAUAGUCAUUACAAAAUGAAUCCUGACUGUUUAAGUGUCUUCUUUGAGAUGUUUACUUGUGGGGAAUUUGGGUUAGGGGGAGGGAGAGGGGGUUGAUUACUUUAUGAUGUAAAGAACCUUUGUGACAUUUUUCAUUUUCUUGGUAUUCAGUGUUAGGUCCUGCACGCGGGGAUCAAUCUUGCCAUUUAUAUUUCAGGAAAACAAAUGUCAUUCUUCUUUUCCUGUGCCUCUUUUAGGUCAUCAUCCAGUGAGCAUCAGAUAUUUAUAUGACAGUAUUUAAAUAAUCUGUAAAGUUAAAAAGCACUGGACCCUAUUUGGAAUGAACUAAUUGAAUACAAAGUUAAAAUGUAAAGCAAUUUUUUGGGUCACAUGGGUGGGGAUGAGUUGAGGGAAAGAAGCAUUGAUUGCCAGCUGUCAGGUUCACCAUGAGUUGUGAGUGUUGGUAUCAGCAUCUGGAAAGAUUUUAACAUGAGGACCUUGAACGGUUAAAACUUGUUUUAUUAUUAUUAUUUGCAUGGACAAGAUGUCUGUCAAAAGGCAUCUGUAAUAUAAACAAGGGCAGCAGUGUGGAGUAGUGGUUAGGGCUCUGGACUCUUGACCGGAGGGUCGUUGGUUCAAUCCCAGGUGGGGGACACCGCUGCUGUACCUUGAGCAAGGUACUUUACCUAGAUUGCUCCAGUAAAAACCCAACUGCAUAAAUGGGUAAUUGUAUGUAAAAAUAAUGUGAUAUCUUGUAACAAUUGUAAGUCGCCCUGGAUAAGGGCGUCGGCUAAGAAAUUAAUAAUAAUAAUAAAGUAGGACAUUACAGCAACGCUCCAGUGCCUGUCCCUGCAGGCAAUCUUUAUUUUUUCCCCAAGUUCUUGAGCUACAAGAAAAUGACAGCUCAUAAUUCAGUGUUGUGAUGUACAGAUGUUUGAUAGUGUAGUAUCCCUUCUUCUUUGUCAUUUUAUCUGAAUGUUAACAUUUUUAAUUAUUGUUAGAUAAAUUCACAAAUGUAACAUGGACAGAUUUUAGGUAACAAUGUGAUUGAACUUUAGAAGUCUUUUUCUCUCACAAUGUUUAUGGAGCCUCGAGACUCAGUUUCAUAGACAUGUUUGUAAACUAAGAAUUCUGCAGCAGAAUAUUUUUUGAGACAUUUGCUGUAUUUGUAAGCUCUAUUUUUGUAUGUUUAAUUGCUAUUUUGAAACUGAGAUGCUUGUUUUUUGCUAAUUUUAUGUUUAUUCAUUAAAACGAUUUUUUUCUGCAUGUGAUUGACUUGAACUGUAAAUAAAAACAAUACAAAGUUUUGGAAAUAAGAA